AUGUGGCUAGCCAACCAGACCCUAGAUGGAGACUUUUUUCUGUUGGGAAUCUUUAGCCAGACUUCACACCCUGGCCUUCUCUGCUUCCUAAUCUUCAGUAUAUUUCUGAUGGCCCUGUCUGGGAAUAUUAUACUGAUACUUCUGAUCCACAUUGACUCCUCUCUGCAUACUCCCAUGUACUUCUUCAUCAAUCAGCUCUCACUCAUGGACCUUAUAUAUAUUUCUGUCACUGUCCCCAAAAUGCUGGUGAACCAGCUGGCAAAGGUGAGGACCAUCUCGGUCCUUGGGUGUGGGACUCAGAUGUACUUCUACCUCUUGCUGGGGGGUGCAGAGUACUGCCUGCUGGCCGCCAUGGCCUACGACCGCUAUGCAGCCAUCUGCCAUCCCCUACGCUACUCCAUCCUCAUGAACCACAGGGCGUGUAUUUUCCUGGCCUCUGGCUGCUGGUUCGUGGGUUCUCUGGAUGGCUUCAUGCUCACUCCCAUCACCAUGACCUUCCCCUUCUGUGGAUCCCACGAGAUCCGCCACUUCUUCUGUGAGGUCCCCGCUGUACUGAAGCUCUCCUGCUCGGACACCUCAGUCUACGAGACACUCAUGUACCUGUGCUGUGUCCUCAUGCUCCUGAUCCCUGUCAUAGUCAUUUCCGGGUCUUACUACUUCAUCCUCCUCACCAUCCACAGGAUGAACUCCGCUGAGGGCCGGAGGAAGGCCUUUGCCACCUGCUCCUCCCACAUGACUGUGGUCAGCCUGUUCUAUGGGGCCGCCGUCUACACCUACAUGCUGCCCAGCUCCUACCACACCCCUGGGAAGGACAUGGUCGUGUCCUUUUUCUACACCAUCCUCACUCCUGUGCUGAACCCUUUAAUCUACAGUCUUCGGAAUAAGGAUGUCACAGGGGCUCUGAAGAAAAUGCUGAGAGCAGGGAAGGCUCCAUAUUAA